CGUCGUUUGCGUUGCACGUACUCGCUAGCGCCCAUUCGCUGAACAAGCCGUUCUGCUGGUUACAGGAGGUGUGCAAGGUGAUUGGUGACUUCCUCAAGGGGGCACUCAAGACCGCACAGUCCACCCGGGCCAAGGCCGCCGUAGUGCGCCGCACCUCAAAACCCAAAGAAAUGGGCCAAACGGCCCUGGACAAAAUCAAAGGGGACAAGGGGCAAGCAGCCAACAAGAGCACAGACAAAGAGAAACACAAGAAGCAGUCGCCCGGCCGACCGAAGGCGGUGCAAGCCAGUGGUGCCCAAGGCGCGACUGGUUCCCUUGGUAACGAUAUCCAUGACAACGCCCAUCAGAGCGGCACGACACCUGCGGGUGCGAAGAUCAGUGCACACAACGUUACCGGGACGAACGAGACGAAUGCAGGCGCGGCUAGCGAGGUUGCUAUGAUUGUCCCCAUCACCAGCGCCCCGGACAACCCUUUGGGCGCAAAGACAACCGCCGAACUCACCGCAGAGAAGAACGCGGAACGUCUCAGCCUCGAGCUCAAAGCACGCCACGAUGCACUCACCUGCACCGAACGCCCAGAGGACUUGGAGAGCGACGAUCCGUUGGGGUGCAUGGAGGACGAGAGAGCCCACAGGCGCAAUGGAGAGGACAGGGCACCUGGGGCUGUGGAUAUGGACACCAGCGACGAUAGUGGGGGUGAUGACGAUAAGGUGGAUGAGGGGGGGGGGGCGGAUGGCAGAGACACAGACCACAACCGCAAACGCAACAACAGCGACGAGAACGCGCCUGACUUCAAGGACAAGGCCAACCAGAGCCGAACUCACACUGAUGAAAUGCCAAUUGAGGCGAAUGAAGACACACGAGAGAGAAGGCUUAGUAUACAGAGCAAGGGAAGUGGGGAUGAAAACGGACCGAUUGAGGGCAGUGGUAAAAAAGAGGACAACGACAGCGACAACGACGACGACAACAACCAGGACAAUGAUUCGUCCAGUGAAGACGGGAGUGGCAGUGGCAGUGGCAAAGGCAGUGGCAGUGAAUCAUCGAGUGACGACAACAAUGACAGCGCCGAUGAGAAUGAAAGCGCAAAUGACGACGAGGGCGACUCUGACACCGAUGGCCCCGCAAAGACCUCUAAGGACAGUUCGGUACAAUGCUCUUCAUCCAACGACUCAGACGACGACGAAGAAGUGGACAACGAACAAGAGGGCAGUGACAACAGUGACAACAGUGACCACAGCGAUUGCGACAGUGACAGCGACAGUGAAACUACACGUGACACCGACCACACGACCAGCCCGCAGAGGGAUAGAGGGAAGGACACACAAACGGACAACACGGAGACAGGCAACGAUAUAAGCACGCACAAGCACGUUGAAGGGGGGGGCACGAGCACCCGCGCGGAUACUGAUGCAGGCGGCGACCCAGACACGCGUGUAGAGGCGAGUGUGGGGAAGGCACUCACUGCACAGGGUGAUGCUGGUGUUAACGCUGUCGUGUCGGAUAUCGGAGACGACCACGCAAUGGCGACUGACCUGCAUGUGACUGUCGAUACCGACGCCUUUCCCAAAGUUAUGGACGUUGACGUGCACACAGCACCUAGUGGAAUUGAGACUGUGGAGGAUGUGUGGGCAAUGGGUGUAGGCGAUGGGGAGGCGGCCAUUGGUGAGGCUUCCUUGGGUCUUUCGGGGGGUCUAUUCCAUGACGCAGAAGGGUUUGAUGCUAUGGUACAGCAAGCCACAGUAAAUAUGGAUAGCGAUGACAACGGUAUCCGAUGACAUGCUAUCUCUGGUAAUCGCAAUGGGCGCGACACCCGAGCUACUGAAGCUGCUGCUUUAUGGCUAAAUCAAACUUACAUGCAGACACGCGCAAUAUGAAGUCGGUUGAUCCGCAGGAUUUAUAUAUCAAUGAUGGGAUUGGAAGCGGCC